CGAAUAUUUGUCAAAUCUCGCUGACGUUCUUUUCUUUUUCACCUUGUGUGAAGACAUCGCGUAUAGGAACGUCGGUGUUCAUAAUAUUUUUUUAAAAAUAUAAAAAAAUGGGUUUCGUUAAAGUAGUCAAGAACAAGCAGUACUUCAAGCGGUAUCAAGUCAAAUUCCGCAGGCGUAGAGAAGGUAAAACUGAUUACUAUGCUAGGAAGCGCUUGAUUUUCCAAGACAAAAACAAGUACAACACUCCCAAGUACCGUUUGAUUGUACGUCUGUCCAACAAAGACAUUACCGUACAAAUCGCCUACUCCAGAAUUGAAGGAGAUCGCGUUGUAUGCGCUGCAUACUCGCACGAAUUGCCAAACUACGGUAUCAAGGUUGGUUUAACUAACUACGCUGCUGCUUAUUGCACUGGUUUGUUGGUAGCACGCCGUAUUUUGAACAAAUUAGGUUUGGACGGUCUAUAUGGUGGUUGUACUGAAGUUACCGGUGAAGAAUACAACGUUGAGCCAAUUGAUGAUGGCCCAGGAGCAUUCCGUUGCUAUCUCGAUGUUGGUUUGGCACGUACGACAACUGGUGCACGUGUAUUCGGUGCCAUGAAAGGCGCUGUUGAUGGCGGUUUGAAUAUUCCUCAUUCCGUGAAACGCUUUCCCGGCUAUGAUGCCGAAUCGAAGAGCUUCAACGCUGAAGUGCAUCGCGCACAUAUUUUCGGACAACACGUUGCCGAUUAUAUGCGCACAUUAGAAGAAGAGGAUGAAGAGAGCUUCAAACGCCAAUUCAGUCGCUACAUCAAAUUGGGAAUCCGUGCUGAUGAUCUUGAAGAAAUCUACAAGAAAGCCCACCAAGCUAUCCGUGCUGAUCCUGCCCACAAAAAGAAGGCAGCUAAAGCUGGAGUUACCAAGAAACGGUGGAAUGCUAAGAAACUCACAAAUGAGCAACGCAAAACUAAAAUUGCUGAGCACAAAGCUGCUUUCCUCGCUAAGCUCAAGAAUGAAACUGAUGCUUAAUUUUCAGAGGUUACAUUUAUUCAUAAUAUUAUGAAAAAGUUUUUUAAUUAAUAAAAAUUAAUUUUAACAAAUGAAAA